AUGAAAGUAGUUUUUGCUUUUUUAAUAUUUUCGGCCGCCAUAUUCGCCAAAGCGAAUGCCAUUGACCAAGUGCUUGGUGUAAUUACGCCAACUGAUUCAAUAUUGGCCAUGACUACAGUGCAAAGACGCUUUCGUUUGGGCCAAGUGGUGACGGCUACAUAUACAUUUACGGGUGCCUCUACAACAGCUAGGGUCGUGGGCAUCAGAAUAAGUGACAGAAAGCGUGCAAGAAAAAGCCCUGCAAUUACAAUAACAAGCGGUGCACUAAAUUCAGCCACUAUCACCCUUACAUUAACGUCUCAACGCAACUUUGGUAUCAACAGCAAUAUUACUGUCUAUGGCACGCCAUAAUUUUUU